CGGAAAACUCGCAGCCGGAGCUUCACUUUCAGAAUUCCCCGCUCGACGACAACGAAACUUCGGUUUAAAAAAGCCCGAUCGCUUGCGCUAUUUCCAGGCAGCAAACGCCAAUGGCCGACCUCGUUCCUUCGCCAUCCCAGCUCAGUCCGUGCCACGAACCUGAGCCGUCAACUCCCUUAACGCCAGACAAAAAGCAGCGCCACCGCACGAGCGACGCGAGCUCUCCGACCUCAACGGUGGCGGCGUCGGAGGUCUCCACGUGCAUGGCGUCGCCCUCCUUCAUGUUUGAGGCAGAUCCGGCGUCCAAACGAGACGGCCGCGCCAGCUCUGCCGGUUCCUCGGACUUUGACGAGUUGGGGGACGCUCAGGUGCAACAAUUGCCAGCACGUCACAAGGAGAUGCCGCAUCUCGACCUGAACAAACCGGAAAAUACGCCGUCACUAUCGUAUCAAGGUGUUCUGAGUCCUCGUCAACAAAGUGGCAAACGGUAUCACGGCGGGUAUCUACAGCACCGUGUUACCAAGGCCGCAGGACUACUUAAGAGCUGGAAACGGAAAUAUUUCCGUCUUCGAGAGCAUGGACUCGUGUGUUACAAGACGAAAGACGCAGCGACGCCGCUGUUUGAAGUAAUUUUUACUAGCAACUCGAUGCUGGAACAGGAUAAAAAUCAUGGAGAUCACGCACCAGAUACGCCAAAACGCCACAGUAUGACAGAUGAGCUGUCGGAAAAGCGCCGACGAACGUGGACGUCCAGUUCAGGAUCCCUGACGCUUAUUCUGAAGCAUGUCGAGAUCACGGGACACAAAACACCGGCCAAAGCUGUGGAAGUACCAGUAAUUCUUAAAGCAGACGACGAAGAUGACCACGCGGCGUGGACAGAAUGCAUACGCUUCAUGAUAGAAGCUCGAAAACGCGCGCUGCUUCAAGUCACACAAGACACAGACGAGAUGCCCUUACCAUCUGAGUCUCCUAGUGAUCGUAGCGUGUCUACGGAUUCCACAAGUAUGGUGAAAAGUGUGGAAGAAGUGGGAACAUUCGACGCUUUUUCUGCCAAGUAUAUGCUGAUGAAGGAGAUCGGCGAAGGCUCCUUCUCGAUCGUUCACCGGGCGGUGAAUCGCAUGACUGGCCAAGUGUGUGCGGUAAAGUGCUGCAAGAUCUCCCAGGCGUUGGAAGAAGAGGAACGUCUGCUCCGCACUCUGUCGCAUCCUAAUGUGGUCGGUCUUGAAGGUGUUUACGCACGUGACGCGAAUCUCCACUACGUGGUCAUGGACUAUUUGAAAGACGGCGAUUUGUGCGACCAGCUCAUUGAACGCCAGCGUCUUCCGGAACCUGAGGCUCGACGCAUCAUUCGUCAGGUAGUCGAAGGACUCGCCUAUUUGCAUCGCCGCUGUGUACUUCACCGCGAUAUUAAGCCGGAGAAUAUUCUGAUCCACGGAAAUAUGGUGAAGAUCGCAGAUUUCGGGCUGGCCAAGCAACUCGAACACUCUACAAGCAUGCUUAGACACAGUUGUGGCACGCUGGAAUAUGCUGCGCCGGAAUUGCUUUGCGGGCGACCGUAUGGCUUGAAAUCCGACGUCUUUAGUCUUGGCAUUGUGCUGUAUGUGCUGCUCUUCGGCGCAUUCCCGUUCAGUGUGGAGUCUGCGGCAGCUUUGCAGUGUAUGGAUCACUUUCCGACUGGUGUUGACGUGCGCGAUAUGAGCUGCUUGAGUCUCUCGAAUGCGCAGUGGCGUACCGUGAGUCCCUUGGCACAAGACGCGCUGCUGAAGAUGCUGAAGACUAACGACACUGAGCGUAUCUCUGCUGAAGACUUGCUGAGUCAUCCUUGGAUUAAUGACGUCGAUGUUGGUGCCAGCAUUGCACGAGAGUUGGAACGCACUCGUAUUGAGGACUGCGAAGCUCUGGGAUUCGCUGAGUUGCUGUCUCGUGGCUUCCAGGUUGUCAAAUACGGCUACAAAAAUUCAACAACGCCGCACUCCACUGCUUUGACCUUCAACUUCAUGGAAGAAAGUAUCACCUGGACCGCCCGAAAGAACGCAAUGCCGCGAGGUGCAAACAGGAAUGAAACCGGAACAUCUGGAAGCAGUAAACGAGGACGUACCAUCCCGCUUCGAGAGAUCACGGAGAUCAAGGUGGGUCAUGCAACGGAGGCUUUCCUAUCGCUCAAGGACUCGCAGACUGUGCCGUCACCUGAACUCUGUCUCUCCAUCAUUUGUCCAUGGCGAACACUCGACUUGGUGGUGGAAAUCCCCAGCCAGCGCGAGUUCAUGGUGCGUGGACUCCGUCGACUGCUUCCCAACCACUCACCGUAGUGUAUCUCUUCACAGAAAACUGAAAUUAGUUCGAUAGCAUUGGUGCAUAUUGACAGGGUGUUGUUAAUAUUUAUGAAACAUCCGUCAUGAGCAUAUCGGUUGAUCCUCUAGUCGAUCGUGAACAUCUCGAGUUCCUCGUCCUUGACUUUUUCCUCCGGAAUCCCGUGCUUUUCUAGAAAUUGCAG